AUGAAAAGUCUUUCCGGGUUUUCAAUCCUCGAGGAUUUGGAGAAACUGUACUCACAGUACAAAAUGGCUUCCGGUCCUGGACUACACCCUGGUUAUAACGUGGAACACGACGGCAUUAAGCUGGUCCCGCCGGAGAGAGACCUUCCAAUUCAGUUUCAAAACACUCAAAUACUGUCGCGCACCGCUCCUAUGAUACCGCCCAAGGAACUAAAUGAUAACAACAAGAUCAUUCAAAUGCAACCAGAAAUGAAUCUACUGGGCCCCGAAAACACGGUCACAACCUGUCAGUUUUGCCGCGCUUCCAUUAAGACGGCUGUCAAAUACACAACUACUUCAAGGACCCAUAUGGCUGCUGCAUUAUGGGGUAUGAUAUGCUGUCUUUGCUGUGUUCCGUAUGGCGCUGAGUCUGCCAAGAACAGCGACCAUUACUGCCCAGCGUGCCAGAGAUACCUUGGCACGUACGUCAAGUAA